AUGGGACAGCAGACUACAGGAGCGCAAGACCAGAGCUUGACUGUCAGGGAUAACCGUACUGGCAAGGUGUACACCAUCCCGAUCCAGAACAACAGCAUCCCAGCUACUGCUUUCAAAGACAUCAAGGCCCCAUUCCAGCCAGGCGAACGCAAGGAGAAUGAAACGGACAAGGGCCUACGUGUCCAGGACAAGGGCUACCUGAAUACUGCUGUCAUGCGUAGCGAGAUCACUUACAUCGACGGUGAAGCCGGAGUUCUAAGAUACCGAGGAUAUCCCAUUGAACAGCUGGCCGUGCACUCCAACCAUCUCGAGACCGCUUACCUCCUCAUUUACGGGUCGCUCCCUACCAGAGCUCAGUAUGCCACUUGGGAGAGGGAGGUACUGCACCACGGCGUCAUGCACUCCGAUGCUGAGCAAUUCUGCCGUUCCUUCCGCUAUGAUGCCCAUCCAAUGGCUAUCCUGACCAGUGCUUUUGCUUAUCUUGGUUCAUACUACGGGGAGGCCAAUCCUUCAUUACAAGGCCAAACCCUCUAUACCAAGGGAGAUGCAGCAUCGCUUGCCAUAAUGGACAAGCAGAUCUACCGCCUAGGGUGUCCGAGAGGGACAUGGAUAAAACUUUCGCGCGCGAGCACUCCGCGACCACAGCCACCGAUCCCAGGCUCCUAUCUCACGGACGUAGUACCUAGACGACGUGAAUUCGGUCGACGAACCAGCGUAUAUAAGAGAGUAGAGUAAGGUACAUCCAUGUAUACUACUCGAUAGGUACUCUCAAUGAAGGAC